CUGGCGGACGAUCACUUUUUGGCACCACAGCGGCAAGUGGGCAAAGCGCCACAGGUUGACGAGCCGCCGGGCCGCCGCUCGUAGUCCCUCCUCCUCCGGCGCACGGCGAGCGCAGGGAGUGCGGGCCGCUAAAGGCUGCAGCCUCAGAGGGACGAUGGUGGAGGGCUGGUAAAGAUGGCGGCGCUCUCCGAGGAUGGGAGGUACGGAUUAAAUUGUGGCCCGCAGAGCGCGGACGGAGUCACCGUGCUGCACGUCAAACUGACCGAGACGGCGCUGCGGGCCAUUGAGGGCUACCAGAACUGCGCGAAUGUACCUUCUUCGCGGCCAACAAUACAAUUCAAAGGACUCCAAGGGCGCAUUAAAAUUCCCAAAACCAAUUCCUCAUCGGAAACCUUCAACAAUUUUGAUUUCUACCUGUCCAAUGUGGGCAAGGACAACCCUCAGGGAAGCUUUGAGUGCAUCCGUCAGUAUGUGUCCAGCUCAGGGGCCUCACACCUGGCAAUGUUGGCGACGGUGCAGGACAAGGUCACAGUGUGCGCCACCAACGACUCCUACCAGGUGACCCGGGAACGCAUGACCCAGGCCGUGGAGGACACACGUGAACGUGGGACCAAAGUCAUCAAACCUGGGGGCCAGUACAGAGGAAAACAAGUCCAUAUUCGUAAGCCUGCACUAGCAAACCUGGAGGUGGUCCCUGAGCGCAAGCGCUCCACACCCAUCAACCCAGCCAACACUAUUCGCAAGUGCCUUUCCAACAACCCUGUGUCCCAGCGGCCGUUCCGGGAUCGCAUCAUCCACCUGCUGGCGCUGAGGUCCUACAAGAAGCUGGAAGUGCUUGCCCGUCUGCAGCGGGACGGUAUCAACCAGAAAGACCGAAACUCGCUGGGCACUACUCUGCAACAGGUAGCAAACCUCAACCCCAAAGACAACACAUACUCAUUGAAGGACUUUAUUUAUCGUGACGUCCAGCGAGACUGGCCUGGCUACUCUGAAGACGAGAAGACCCAGGUUGAACGGAUCCUAGCUCGAAAAUUAGGUCUUCCCACUGAGACGCUCACAUCAAGCAGUCCUCCCAAAGAAGGUGUCCCCACAUCCCCCCAGAAACGCCAGCCAGACUUUGACUUCAUAGAUCCAUUGGCGCCCAAGAAGGCCCGUAUCUCACACCUCAGCAAUCGAGGGCCAGCUGCAUCUUCAUCCUCCUCCUCCGACCGCCAUGAGGACGAAGGCAGCCCCAGCUCUAAACGCUCAUCCCUACCCGCCAUCGUCACCUCGGGCCCUCCCACUCACCUCCCCGUUUCUUCCCAUCCUCCAGCUCCCUCUCACCAGCAGCCCAGCCCGGCCUCCAACUCCAACUCACCUAGCACCCCGGAGGGCUGCGGCACCCAGGACCUGCCCAUGGACCAGAGUUCCUCUUGCAGAGAGCCCUCACCCGGGCCCUUUUCCUCCGAUAGGACCCUGCAGGACCGCUUUCAGCACCCAGUCCCGGUUCCGAGACCAGCCUCCUCCCCCAGCCCCCCUCCUCGAACCUCACUUACAGUUACCUCCACUGUCAUCACCAGCCCUCCUUUGUCCAGCAGUACCAACAAGAAGGUCAAGAAGAAAUCCAAGAAGCACAAAGACAAGGAUCGAGAGAGGGACAAAGGGAAACCGAGCGGAAGAGGUAGCAUUAGUCCUCCCAGUGUGCCAGAGCAGGCCGAGGAGAUUCGCAAAGCCAAAAAGAGGCGAGGUGGUGAGGAAGAGAAGAAUGAAGUCGUCGACAAAAAUCCUCACAAACAUCAAGACUUUUCAGACAAAGAGAAGCCAGUCCAGUCCACGGAGUUCUCCUCCACAAUCGAGAUGCCUGACUACAUUGUGAAGUACACGGCGUUGGUGUCCAUGGACCAGCGGCAGAGCUACAAGAAUGACUUCAAUGCGGAGUAUGAUGAGUACCGCCUGCUGCACGCCCGCGUGGAGAGUAUCACCCGCCGCUUCACCCUGCUGGAUGGCCAGUGCCGGAAGCUCGCACCCGGCACCAAAGAAUACCAGAAGGUGCAAGACGAUGUCCUGAAAGAGUACAAGAAGAUGAAACAACACAGCCCCAGCUACCACGAGGAGAAACAGCGCUGCGAGUACCUGCACAACAAGUUGGCCCACAUCAAGCGGCUAAUAAGUGAAUUCGACCAGCGCAGAGCCCAGGCCUGGUGCUGAGAGCGCAGCACACAGCAUCUUCGCUGAUCAGUAUUGAGAACGGCGUGUUGAACCGGGACGGGGCGACCGCCUCUUGUUUAUUAACACCCUUCAGUUACUGCGUCCACAACAGGCCCCCCCCACACCCUUUCCUUCUCCCCUCAUCCUUUUUCAUUCCUUCCUUCUUUUUCCCAUCUUUGAUUCCACAGGUAUCAUUGUUGCCUGCAAUCUCAAAAAUCUCACUUUUUAAUUUUGCCCCAAUCUUUCGCUUUCUCAAUGAGCUCCUGUUGAAUUUCAAACCACUGGACCAGUGGAAGGAGCUGCCUGCAUGUGUGAAGGGGUUUUUUGGGGGGGGAAAAACGUCUAACUUUUGAAGGACUUAUCCUGAGGCAAAAAAAAAGAACAAAAAAAAAAGUAUUUUUGAGCAUCAGAGAAAAUAUUAACAUGUAUUUAAGUAAAAAAAAAAAAAAAAAGAGAGGGAGAUCUAUUUAUUUUGAGACUCGUAGUGCAAAAUAAGAGUCCGCAGAUGAUAUAUUGUUUAACUUUUCGUGAGAACAAUGCAAAAAAAAUUUACAGCGGCCUUAUGUGUUUUGACUUUGUGAAGCCAUUUUGCACGCAAGAUCCAUUGUGUCCUCAUGUGGCAAAGAUGUCCGUCCUGGCUCAUUUCCUCUCUGUUCACACACAAAACUGUACCGGAGAACCUCGCUUCAACAAAUCGCCGCCAUUGCGAAGUUUGAGGUUUGAGGCUGAAGCGCUAGGAAAUGAGACAGGACGGAGGAAUCACUAAAGUUGACUGAGGAGCAACAACAGUACGUGUGCAUGGAUUGUAAAUUUUGGUUGUAAUGACCACGUGGGGUGGUGGGUGGGGUGAAUGAAUGGGAGUAGGAGCCCCUGUCAGAGAGGGGCAGUAUUCCCUGCACCAACAGUGUUUCAUGUGCACGGUGCAUUAUGGGUGCCUUACGGUGUUUACACUCGGAUAUGUCCAGUUGGGCCGACCCCUAGGGGCCACAGGUCACACAAAGGAACUACAACUGCCUGGAAACAGGUGUGUGUGUGUGUGAGAGUGUGUGUGUGUGAGUGUGUGUGUUUGAGAGAGAGAGAGAGAGAGAGAGGAGUGGCGCAAGGAAGGGACGUUAAGUCUGGAAGGAGUGUUACAAAUCAUGUGUUUGUAUGGUUGUGCAUUAUGUGGAGUGACAGGUGAAAGAAAAACAAAAACAGAAAUGUGGAGAAAAAAGUGAGAAAUAAGUUAAAAAACAAACAAAAAAAGCUGCUACAGUGUUUGACCAGCCAGAGCACUCAGGAUCAACCUGGCUGAAGUAACAGUAACUGGUCUUAAAUCGAAGAGAUGCAGAAGAUCCUUAUUUUCCAGAAGGGUCUGUGUGUAAAAACCCUGGAAAGGACCACGCGCACCUCUUCAGCUUUAUCCUGCGGCAAACAGUCUGUGUUUUCUGUUUUAGAAAGAAGCAAAAAAAAAAAAACAGUCAUCCGCCAGGGGACUAAUCUGUAUCACAAUGUUCAAUGUGUUUAACUCUCAACUUAAGUUCUGCGCAGCAGUGAAGAUUUCAGAGUAUCUUUUCUUUUUUUGUUUUCCUCAACACAUUUGAUAUUGAUUUAGUUCAAUGGACGGACGGAUGACUUCAAAUCUUAAUUUCAACAAGGGACAUUUUGUUUACAAACCUGUGUUAGAAUUGUUUGCCAAAAAUUAAAGACUUUUCUGGUACAGCAUCCAUGGAGUAAAAUUUCUGAUUGGGGCUUGAUUUUCAAAAGAAAUUAAUACCGGAACAGGUUUUUACUGAUAAAGUAAAAGACCCGUGCGUUUGGCGAGAUGAAAAAGAUCUUGGUCAAUGUUCCCCUGAGAAAUUUCAACAAUUGCAGUAAAUGGUGUUGAUUCCACUUUUUGUAGUGGUCGCUCCCUCCCUGGCAGUCUAGUAUGAAAUAUAUUCAUCUAGUGUGGACAUGAAAGAGUCUGUCCUGUACUGGUAAAUAAAAAUAGUUUUAAGUUAAUAUUGACCAGAUUCAUUUCACAUACAUUUUGGUUGGGACAUCCUGUCGAAUGAGUCAGUCUCUGCAGUAGACUGGCUGUUUUUGUUCAGCUGUCUGAAUCAAUGUAACAUAAUCACAAACCCAGUUUUACUUGCUUGUUGACGCUCAAGUUUAUUUUGGACAUAAAAUCAGCACUUUUAUCUUGGUGGUGUCACGACAGCAGAUGAAAUAUGUCCAUGAGUAUUGAGGAUCUACUCAAGAUUCACUCGACUGUGCCUGUGGGCUUCAGGGACAGCGCUCUGGAUUUAUUUGUCCUGUUCUCCCGUGGCAGUGGUCUUUCGCCAGAAUUUUAGAGCAUCGCAACGGGCAACUUUGACAACUUAUGUCGGGGGCCGUGGCAUCACGUAAAGCCCUCAACGUGUUGUUCGUCACCCGUCCCCUCUCAGCAUUCCAACGACUUCCGUCUUAAUCAAAAACAGUUUUGCUGAAAUUGGGUUUGAACAACAUGAACUAGUCUAAAGUAACUUAUCAGAGUCGAAGGACAAGAGGGAAGAACAAGUGAGCAAGUAAAAGAUGCCCCAGGACUGUUCUGACGAGAGAAACCACUGAAAAACCAAAUCAAUUGAGUGAAAUCUGAUCCUUCCCAGCUGAAAAUGUACAAGACAUUUCAAUAAAAAAAAUUUAAAAAUCAA